GUGGCAUGAAAACCUGCAGCUACUCCACCAGCCCUUUGUGGAUGAGACUUGACCCCCCUGCUUUCAUAUGAAACUAUGAAAAGUUUCCCCUGUUUGAAUUGGUUUAAUUUCAUGUGAAAUGAAAGUGAAAGUAAAAUAAAGGAACCCGGUGUUGUUCUCUCCAUGAAGCCACAGGUUGUGUUUGUGUUGGGGGGACCCGGUGCUGGGAAAGGGACGCAGUGCUCCAAAAUCAUCCAGCACUUCAGCUACACCCACCUGUCCGCUGGUGACCUGCUGAGAAAGGAGCGCUGCAGAACAGACUCGGAAUUUAGCCAUGUUAUCGACAGAUGCUUCAAGCAGGGCCAGUUUGCUCCAGUGGAGAUCACUGUCUCAUUACUAAGUAAGGCUAUAGAGGAGACCAUGAAAGCAGAUGAGAAGAAUUUCCACUUCCUUAUUGACGGCUUCCCUCCAGAUGAGGACAACCUGCAAGGCUGGAUGAAAAGCAUGGACGGCAAAGCAGAAGUCAAAUGUGUCCUCUUUUUCGACUGUAGUACUAAAGUUUGCAUUGACAGAUGUCUGGAAAGAGGGAGGACCAGUGGCCGGGACGAUGACAACAAAGAGAGCUUGGAAAGAAGGAUCCAGACGUACCUGCAGUCCACAUUUCCCAUUAUAGAGCAGUACAAGAAGCAGGGUAAAGUUCACACCAUUGACGCCUCACGCUCUGUUAACCAGGUAUUCUCCGAUGUGAAGGAGAUCUUCGAAAGAGAGGCUUGAUUUUAUGUAUAUUCUAUUAUUUUAUGUCCUGUAUGUUUUCACUAUGAUAAAACCUGCCAACCUUGUAAGACUCACACUUGCGGCCACACGGACACAGGGAGAACAUGCAAACUCCACAUAUAAAGGACCCUGGCUGCCCGACUGAGGCUUUUUUAUGCCUACUUUAUAUCUUUGUUAGUCCUGGUUUUGUUUCAUCACCUUUUUAUGUCUACAAUAAUGUCUGUGUUUGAUAUUUCGUAGCAUCUUUUAUGACAAGAACAAACUGCGUUUGUACAAUGUGUGGAUUUUCUGUUUAUUUAUCCUUUUAAUUACAUAAAAUCUGAACCUUAAUGGACUGUUGAAACUGGGCUGGACUGUGUUGGGUUUGCAUCCCUCCAAUCACAAACAUGACGGACUCCUGUGCUAAGUGCUAACAGUAAACAAACCUCUCCUGUGCUGUUGUGGUUCACCAGGUUAGCCAGCAGAGAGGCCAUUUCCACGCAAAACCAUAAAAACACCAGGAAAUAAAUAAGAAAAACACGUUUAAUAUGAAAUAUGAAAUAUUUUAUUACAGCCCCACCUGCCCCAGUGUAUCAAAAUACUA